AUGGAUAUUUCCAAGUCAUGGAGCAAGUGGCAGGGUUUGGCUGCACUAGCUGUUUACUCGGUUACCAUCAUCGUCCUCGACCGUGUCUACGUAGAAGGCAGUACGUGGAAGUCCGCCGUGGCUUGGUGGAAGAGGUAUCUAAAGCGCAGACGGGAUGAUCCUUGGAUGAACGCCAACACGAGCAACGAUUUCAUCUUCAAUAUGCUGGCCAAGGCGAUACCCGAGUCGCCAAACCAUGUGUCGGAUCAGGGCUAUGAGCUUCUUUGCAGCUACAGCUUUAAGUCGUACACCAAUACUCCUACUAUCUACGUUCCUGGGACUCCGCCGAUGUUCACGAAGCCACCUGCCCCGUUGAAACUGGAGCCAGAUACAGGACGCUAUUAUAUCGAUCAACAUGUAGCCAAGGUACCGCGAUUCCAGUUCGAGCCACUCUUCCAGGCUCUUACUGUUAUGAUGCCAAGCAAGCGUUUCGACGACGUCGAUGUCCUCGUCGCUCGUGGAUCAAUGACCGCGCUCAUUACAUACGUGAAGGAUGUAUCAUGCCAGCCAUUCGCACUUACUCUCCACGUUGUUGGCAACACUCUGAUCGUGGGGCGACGGCUUCGAUCUGGUAUGGCUGGCUCUACCAACGGAUCGUACGGGCGUAACUUUGAGGCUGCCUGGACGACGCAACUGGAACCAGAUCUUCAAGAUGCGGAAGGACAUCACCAUACCAUACAGUACGAUUUCGGUGGCCUCAACAUCGUGGUAAGAGCAGAGACGGACGCAUACAUGCCCGAUGAGCAGCCCUCCCGGGACGAAAUCGAAGAAAUGUUGGCAAAAUCCACAUCGCAUCCCGAGCCCGAAAUUGCGAACACUACCAUCGGACUCCAAAGCUCUGACUCGACCACCGUGCUUCUGGCAGGAAAGUCGAUCUCUCAUAGCAAGACGAUGGAACUAAAGAGCAACAACCAGAGCAAGCCCCUCGAUCAAAUUUGGGUCGGUAGAACUUCGCGGUGGUCUCUUGGAACGAACAAGGAUGGUGUCUUCUCUUCGACCGAGAAGCUCUUCACUCCAGAGGAGAUGAGGAAGAGCUACGAGGAUGACGGCAAGCGACAAGGAGCUCUUCGUAAGCUGGUGUGGUUGCUGGGCGAGCUGAAGACGACGGUCAAGGAGAACACAAGCAACGGGUCUGCUGUGCUUCUCUGCCUGGGAAAGGGCGAGGAGCUGGUGGUACGCCCAAUGAAGACGCAUUUGCCUGCCCUUCCUGAUGCGAUUGUGCAGCGUUUCUGGAGCUUGUCCGAUCAGGACGAGAUGCACGCGUAG